AUGGGCACAACCGACUCACCUGGUGCCGGUGAUGAAAAUGCCCUUGAGACUUGCUUCUUUGGACAGGAAGCUGUGGAUAUUGUUGGGCCAUUCAUGCGACAGCGGUAUCGAUUGCUCCCGUAUAUCAUACAGCAGGCACAUGCCAGCCCCCAAGCCUCCAAAGCCGGAUUACCCAUGGUUCGCAGCUUGAUACGGGAGUAUCUUAGUGAUCGAAAUGUCUGGAACCUCGAGGGCCUGUAUACGUUUGGCUUUGAUCUUCUUUUGGCGCCCACUCUUCAGCCACUGGAGGAAACGAACACGCAUUCCAUUCAUCUUCCCGAAGGUGUCUGGUAUGGGUUCUGGGAUAAGAAGAAGUACGAGAGUCGUGGUCAGUGGUUUGAGUUCCCAGCUGCGAUAUUGAGUCAGAACCAUGUGUUUGUCAAAGGUGGCACCCAUGAUGUGCUGGCACAACCACGAUGGCGGGAAUACAAUGAGGUGGACGCUAUUGAUAAGGUUGAUGUGUAUGGUUGUCGGGAUGGACCCUGGGCUUGCGGGGAUGAUCAGAAUGGUUUAGUGGAAGUAGUAAACGACGCAGGUAGAUGGAGGGUGAUAAAUCGGGCAAAUGUCUAA